AUGCAUAAAAUCACCCUAUUCAUCUUAGCGGCCGUAUUUGCCGUAGCGCUCGCAGAAGGUCAGUACUAUGUACCUCGUGCAUAUUACACGAUAGAUGCGGAAGGACACGAGUCCGCAAGAGUACCGCUGCGACGCUUGCGCAGGUCGCUGCAACCCCUUCCAUAUGCAGGAGGUGCAAGGGCGGUUGCUAACGCUAAUAAUUACGGACCGGGUAAUGCGGAUGCUGAAGCCACAGCUAAUAACUACGGCCCUGGCGGUUGGGGUAAUGGUGGUGGUAAUGGCGGUUGGGGCACUCCGAGAGGAAGUUACGGCUCUGCAAAACCUUUAGCGCAUUAA